AUGCUUUCCAAAGGCGUCUGUGAGGCGAGCCUUCCAUCUGCGCAAGCACAUCUUUUAGGCACAGCGCUGCGGCAAGAGGCUGUUUCCGCGAAAACAAGGGAGCGUUGUCUGAACAGCCAGGACUCGAGCGAGCACCGCCGCUCCACAGCAACACCUACCGCCGGCUGUGUUACCAUAGCAACUAUUUGCCACGGAAACCGAGCAGGGACACUCAGAGCAAAACGUGCUUUUAGCAGGCAGCAGGGCGCAGUGCAUGCCGUCUCUGGCACAACUGGCUGGCAGUGCACUCGAGCUAAGCUGGAGAUUGAGGGUCUUUCUGUAGAAACAGAUAUGCUGCCACAGCAACGGUAA